AUGUUUGGAAAGAAUAUUUAUUCAGAUGAUGUUCCUAGUUUUCCUGAGAUUUCUGAAGACUAUUUCGAUAUCAAAGAUCAAAGAACUAUAAAUGAGUUAAUGGAAUUAUAUCAUUAAUCUAAAUAACUCAUACCAGUAAAUGGCUAAGUGUCUAAUUAAUUUAGAGAAAAAUAAUAAGGAUUGUUAAGUUUAUUUGAUUAGCUCGACAAUUAAUUAAAAUCUAGUUAAUGCAAACCAGACAUUUAUGAACCUUGCUAAAUAGAUUCUAGUAUAAAUACUCCUUAUCAGAAUUUUGAUUAUUAUAAUUUAUCAGAUGUCAAUUACGAUUAAAAUGAGGCUUAAUAGGAAGCAGCUAAAUUUUUAAAAUUGAAAUAGAACGAUUUAUAAGAAAAAUUCGAAUAAAUGUAGAUAGAAGCUAAAUAAAGUGGAAAAUUAACUAAAAAAAUGGAACUCCUGUCUUUUUAAGACCAAGAGUAUAAUGAUUGA